GCCCCUCCCCGAGCAUGCGCGCCGCCGCCAUUUUGCGGGAUUGGCUGGGAGCGGGCUGACCCGCUGCGGCCGCCGUAGCUGUGGUAGCAGCGCGUGGUGGGCUAAGUUACCCAAGCCUCCAUUGACACCCAAAAUGGCAUCCCAGCAGGAAAUCCUGAGUGAUGAGCGGUUUAGCCGCGUCACCAGGGAUCCCAGGUUUUGGGAGAUGCCAGAAAAAGAUCGUAAAAUCAAGAUCGACAAGCGGUUCCGAGCAAUGUUUCACGACAAGAGGUUCAAGCUCAAGUGCGUGGUGGAUAAAAGAGGGCGCCCUGUUAACUAUACCUCUGUGGAGAACCUCAGGAAGUUUUAUGCCCUGUCAGAGUCUGACUCUGAAUUUUCAGAAGAUGAUGGUGAAGUACGCACAGAGAAGAAAAAAAAGAAGAAAAAAGCUAAGCCUAAAGAAGAAGUACAUUCUGUAAAACCACUUGCUGAUGGUCACCCUAGGAAAGAGAGUAAACUAACCAAACAAGGGGCGGACCGAACGGGUGAAGUAGUGACAAAACUGAAUGAUCAAAAUGAGGGGCAGAAAGUUGCAUUGAGGACCAAGUUGAAAGAGGACUCUAAGAAAAUUGUAACAGAAAUUGAUCGCUGUCAGGGAAACAAGGACCUUUCACCCCCAGGGGAAAACAAGCAAAGAAAUGAAUCAGGAGGGAGAUUGGUUUCGGUUCAAAACAAGCAAAAGCCUUCGCAGCCAAGUGGUGCUAAAUCAGAAAAAGCUCCUAGGAAGGAUCAUUCCCUAAGAGGAAAAACAAAACAAUCAGGGACUGUGCACAGAGACACCUGUGAUGAAAGUGAUGUCAGUGAAAGCCAAUUAGAGGAAGAAACUUCUGAGAGAGAAAACUUAGAGUAUGCAGAAACAGAAGAAGAGGAGUCAGAAGACGAUGGGGAAACAGGCGAGGAUGAGGAGUCAGAAGAUGAUGGAGAAACAGGCGAAGAAUAUAGUGGUUCAGAAGACGAUGAAAGUGAUAUGGGGCCUGAUCUAGCUAGAGGUAUAGGGAACAUUGAAACAAGCUCAGAGGAUGAUGAGGACUUAAAUGGUCUAUUUCCGAAGGAGCCUGAGAUUGAGCAUUCAUGGGGUGAACUAGAUAAAGAUGCUCCUCGUGGAGAUGAGAUUACAAGCAGACUGGCAGUUUGUAACAUGGAUUGGGAUAGGCUGAAGGCUAAGGACUUGCUGGCUUUAUUUAAUUCUUUUUUACCCAAAGGAGGGACUAUAUUUCAUGUUAAGAUUUAUCCUUCAGAGUUUGGAAAGGAAAGAUUGAAAGAGGAAGAACAACAAGGACCUGCAGAACUAGUUGAUCUUCCAGAGAAUACCACAGAAAAAGACGGGCUUUACAGGGAAAAAUUAAGGGAGCAUCAGUUUAAACGACUGAAGUACUUCUAUGCAGUUGUAGAAUGUGACUCUCCAGAAACAGCCAAUAAAAUUUAUGAGGAAUGCGAUGGGUUGGAAUUUGAAAGUAGCUGCUCUUUUAUUGACCUGAGAUUUAUUCCAGAUAAUGUUACAUUUGAUGAUAAGCCAAAAGAUGUAGCCUCAGAAGCGAAUGUAUCUGUAUAUAAGCCAAAGUACUUCACAUCUGCUGCUAUGGGAACAUCAAAGGUAGAUAUAACAUGGGAUGAAACAGAUCACGAACGAGUAAUGUCACUUAACAGAACUUUUAAAAAAGAGGAGCUACUUGACAUGGAUUUUCAAGCUUACUUGGCUUCAUCUAGUGAAGAAGAGGAAGAACAGCAGCAAGGUGAUGAUGUAGCUCAUGAAAUGGAAGAUGACAAACCCAGGAAAAGCCAAAAAGAUGAUGAGGAACAAAUUGCCAAGUACAGAGAACUUCUGCAAAGUAUCCAAGAAAAAGAGAAAAAGCAAGAGGAAAAGGAUAUAGAAAUGGAAAUUAAAUGGGUUCCAGGCCUCAAAGAAAAUGCUGAAGAAAUGGUCAAAAAUAGGUUGGAAGGAAAGGAUAACCUAACUCCAUGGCAAAAAUACCUAGAGAAGAAGAAAGAAAAAAGAAACCUUAAAAAGAAGAGAAAGGCUACUGCUGAGAAAGAAUUGAGUGAAGAUGAAAUUCCAUCUGAUGUUGAUCUCAACGAUCCAUAUUUUGCUGAAGAACUUGGAAAAACAGGUUCAAAGAAGAAGGCAGAGUCAGCUGAAAGUGACCACGAAGAAGAUGAAGCUGAAGUUGAAAAGCAGAAGGCUGAAAUGGCUCUACUUAUGAUGGAUGAUGAGGACGAUGGCAGAAAACAUUUUAAUUAUAAGCAGAUUGUAGAACAGCAGAACUUGAGCAAGAAGAAAAAGAAACUCUUAAUGAAAAAGAAAGAGUUAUUAGAAGAUGACUUCCAGGUCAAUGUUGCUGAUACAAGGUUCCAAGCAAUGUUUACUUCCCCCUUAUUUAAUGUGGAUCCUUCAGAUCCAAAUUUCAAGAAGACAAAAGCAGUAGAGAAGAUCUUAGAAGAGAAAGCUCGCCGAAGAGAACAAAAGCAGCAAGGUCUUAAGGAGGCAAACAAGGAGCAGGAGAGCAAGAUGGCAAAGAAAGAAGUUGCAAAGAAAUCUACAGAUCCUGCUUUAUCAAUGCUAAUAAAGUCAGUCAAAACCAAAACAGAACAGUUUCAGGCAAGGAAAAAGCAGAAAAUUAAAUAACCGAACUUCAUUUAUACUCAGACUUUACUUUUGUCCACGUUCUUCUGACAACAUCUGUUGACAUUUCUACAGUCUGGUCUAAUUCCUGUUCACCUAAAAUUUCCAAAAAAAUCACUUAACUUUGGUGACAAGUUUUGAAGUAACUAGAAUAAUGAUAAUCCUUUCUUUCUGCCCCCCAAAUUGUUUAGCUCUGUUGUUGGAAAAACUACACCUUGAAAACCUAAGGAAUUAAUGGUUUUGGAGCUAUUUGUUUCGUAUCAUGCAGUCUCUGAAUAGAAGUGCUGAUGAUGGCUACAAAAAGUAGCCAUAAUUAUGGUUUUAUUUAAAACAAAACAAAACAAAAACCAUUUCUGCAGUGGGUUUAGAGCUGAGACAAUGAGUCUUAAUGUUUUUAAUUCUGCAGAAGUCUAUAAAUAUCUGAUUAGAAAAGGUAGUAAUAUAACUAAACACUGAAGAAAUUUUAUAUACAGGUCUAUUGUAUACAUUUAAUUGUUUACAUAUAUGCUAUCUAAUUAAUUUCUACUCCAAAUAAUUGAAGAGUUCGUGGAUCUUGUAAGGGCUAAUUAAUGGGAAAAAAUUGCUAUUUAGAAGAAUUUCUUUAAUAUAUAUCAGAAAUAAACAUUUAAAACUUGCCCAAAGGAGUUUUUGGGCACUUAGCUCUGUUUUCUUUUUCUGUGCCUAAAUAAAACUGUGUUAAAAUUAAACUUCUCCUACUAA